AUGAUACCUCUGGGUGAUAUUAUUCAUAAACAUUGGAUUAGUUUCCACUGUUAUGCUGAUGACACACAGUUGUAUGUUUCUGCAAAACCUGAUAAGAGACACCAGCUUAAUAGAAUCAAGGAAUGUGUAAAGGACAUUAGACACUGGAUGCUUAUUAAUUUCCUUCUGCUUAACUCUGACAAGACUGAAGUACUUGUACUAGGACCACAUGCAGCUAGAAGUAAGUUUUCUGAUUACACAGUAACUCUGGAUGGCCUUUCGGUUUCUUCACAUGCAGCAGUAAAAGACCUCGGAGUGAUUAUUGACCCCAGUCUUUCAUUCAAAACUCACAUUGAUAACAUUACCCAGAUAGCUUUCUUUCAUCUCAGAAAGAUUGCUAAGAUAAGAAAUUUAAUGUCACUACAUGACGCGGAAAAACUAGUUCAUGCUUUUGUUACCUCCAGGUUGGAUUAUUGUAAUGCCUUACUGUCUAGAUGUUCCAAUAAGUGCAUAAACAAGCUCCAGUUAGUUCAAAAUGCAGCAGCAAAAGUCCUUACUAGAACUAGAAAAUAUGACCACAUCACCCCUGUCUUGUCCACACUGCAUUGGCUCCCAAUCAAAUUUUGUAUUGAUUAUAAAGUACUACUAUUGACCUUUAAAACAUUGAAUGGUCUCGCACCACAGUACCUGAGUGAACUUCUGCUCCUCUAUGACCCGCCACGCCUACUUAGUAGGCCUGGGCAAAAAAUCGAUGCGGUUUUAAAAUCGAGUGGGCACGUGAAAUCGAUUCAUUUUUUAAGAAACUCGAGUUUUACGGUUUAUUUAUUUAUUUAUUUAUCCACUGUCUAUGUGUCGCUCAUGUUUUAUAGCCCACGGCGCAGGCAUAUCAUUUUUUACAUUCGCCAAUGCACUAUCCUUUGUCGUUCAUGUUUCCAAGACCAUGGUGCACGCAUGUCAUUUUUAUAUUCACCAAUCCACUGUCCCGACAUCAAUUUCCAGGCCGCAAGCCCGCAGCGCACGCAUUUUUACAUUCGCCAAAGAACCCUCGAGGCUUUCCGUACACGUCCUGCAGUUUCUCUAGUUCAAACAAACAUGGCGAGUGAAGACGAUGAGAAAGAGAGGCUCCUGCCCAAAAUAGGCACAACUACAUCAGUAAUCUGGAACUGGUACCGCUUUGCUGAAACAGAUGAAAAGCAAACAACACCGCUUUGCAAAGUGUGUCUGAAACCAGUUGUCGUUACCUGCAGCAGCACGACAAAUCUGUUUCAACACUUGAAACGAAAACAUCCCGCCGAAUGGGAGAAAUGCUGCGUUCUACGGAAAGAAAGCAUUCCUAGCCGUACUUCCACUGCUAAGUCAACAUCUGCCAAACAAUCCACUCUACCGCAAAGCUUUUCAAGCUGUGUCCCGUACGAGAAGAGUGGGGCAAGAUGGAAAGCUAUUACGGAUGCAAUUACAUACUUCAUAGCCACCGACAUGCUUCCGAUUUAUUCAGUAGAGAAGAGGGGGUUUCAGCAUAUGCUAAAGGUUCUGGAUGCUCGGUACAACGUUCCUAGCCGCAAGUACUUUUCGGGUGUUGCGCUUCCUCAACUGUACAAUCUUACUCGACAGAAGGUGUUAAGCGAGUUGCAAGGAAUUGAUUUUUAUGCUGCCACUACGGACUUGUGGUCUAGUUGAACCAUGCAGCCGUACAUGAGCCUUACGGUUCACUACGUCAACGAAAGUUGGAAAAUUCAAAGUGUGUGUCUACAAACCUCAUACUUCCCGCAGGAUCAUACAGGCGAAAGCAUAGCUCUCGAGUUAAAAGACGCACUCAGCAGCUGGAGCCUUCCCGAGGAGCGACUGACCUGCAUCACAACCGACAGCGGCUCCAACGUAAUUAAAGCCAUGAAAGACAACAACUGGCCUAACCUGAAAUGCUUUGGGCAUCGACUCCAUAAUGCCAUAGUGAAUGGUGUUAAAGAUGAUAAAACAGAUCGUGCCCUAGGACUGUGCCGAAAGGCAGUUUCUGCCUUUUCGUACAGUUGGAAGAAACGAAGGGACAUGGCUGAACUGCAAACUGAGCUUGGCCUUCCUCCUCAUCAGCUGAUAACAGAGUCCCCAACCAGAUGGGGUUCGCGUCAAAAAAUGAUAGAACGCUUUUUGGAACAAGAGAAGGCCAUAACCCGCAUACUAGCGGGUGACAAGAAAACACGCCAUCUCAUUCCAACGUGGCAGGAUCUUGAGGUGCUAGAAGCCAUAAACAAAGCCAUACAGCCCCUCCAAGAAUUCACAGAUGCGUUAUCAGGGGAGUCAUAUGUGAGUGUGUCCUGUAUCAAACCCGUACUACAUCUCUUCCGAACCAACCUCCUGCAGGCACAAGAGGGUGGCCUACCCCUCACCACUACAAUCAAGAGGAACAUUCUCAGCUACUUGGAAGACAAGUACAGCGAUCCAGAGAAUGAUGAACUCUUAGACAUGGCAUCAAUGAUGGACCCAAGAUUCCGCACCACCUACAUCACCCCUGGAAAAUUGGACAAAAUCAAGGAGAGCGCCAUAAAUGAGCUUGCGGAUCUUUGCCUGGAUGAGCGCCCUACUGAGCAACCGCUGGAGAAGAGCUCCCCAAAGAAAAAAAAUUUAGCUGCUUUCUUCAAGAAAGCAGCGCCUGCUGCUGGGUCACAGUCCUACAAGUCAGAAAAGGACAGAAUUGAAGCAGAGCUGACAUCCUACUUACUGGGUCCUGAGGUGGACCCUGACACUGACCCACUUGAUUGGUGGAAGCGGCAUGAGCCCAACUUCAGCAGACUCAGUCGCCUGGCCAGAAAAUAUCUCGCCAUUCCAGCAACUAGCGCUCCGUCGGAGAGAGUUUUUAGUGUGGGUGGGGGUAUAGUUACCUGCAACCGAGCUUGUCUGAAGCCUGAUGUUGUGGAUAGGCUCAUUUUUCUUGCGAAAAAUGUUUAAAAAGAAUGUCUGCACUAGCUUUUGAAAUUUUUGCAACAAGAGGAAGGAUUCACUACAGUAUCCAUACACACAGUAUGCUUGCCCGCUCUCUCUCUCUCUCUCUCUCUCUCUCUCUCUCUCUCUCAUACACGCACAUCUCUCAUACACACACUCACACACACACAAUUCUUUCUCUCUCUCUCUCAUGCACACACAUACACACAGAGGCAGAGUCCCCCCCACACACACACACACACACAAUUCUCUCUCUCAUGCAUACUAGGCCGUAAGGUGAACCCCGAAAAGUCUUUCAGAAACAAGAUUCCGCUCCGACGUCUCCGAACUACAUAAUAUCCAAUUCUUAAAAAUGGACGUAUUAUGAAAUGAUGUCAUCAAAAAGUUCUCACCUUGUAAUGCUGUCAAUUUUUCGCACGAAGGCUUGAAAAAGCGAACUAAUGUCAUCGGCGCGGAAUGAUAUUUUGGCACCGCGGAAUAAGAUUUCGCUACAGAAUAGGUUCCACGGUUGCUGACGUAUCCCAUAAACACCCGCGACGUAGCCUAUUUCGUAAACAAGAGACCAACAUGGCAGCCGCCACAGCCUCGUCUAGCAGCAGUGGAGGAGAGGAAAGUUUGGAAAUAACGGCAAAAAGGAGAAAACUUCUUGCACGUAAGCAGUGCUAUAUGCAUAUAGCUUCUGUGAAGCAUGGCGUGACCCAGGAAUUUACCUUCAAACGGUGGAAUACGAUGACCACAGUAUUCUGGUACACAUUAAGGACAAAGUGUGGCUCUGGAGGUGCAGUUCCACAAGAGCUGCUACCAGCAGUACACCAGAUUUCUGAAUGAGCCUGCUAGACAAGAGAAGGACAAGAAUGAGCCAACAUAUGAAAUAAGCUACAAGGCGUUCUGUGAGAGGAUCAUCCGGCAAAGGCUGAUUAUCAACCAGGAGGAGUCUGUUGCACGGACUUGUGCAGGUGUAGCAAUUGCUCAAAUACGAAGGAGACAGAGGACAAGGAAGACGACCAGUGCCCUGACAGUGAUGAGGAGUAGCACCUGACUGAAUGUUAGUGUGUUUGUGUGUGUGUGUCUUCCCCCCCUCUCUCUUUCUCUGUCACUGACACCUAGGUCAUUGCCUGGAUGCUGACCCCUGCCUUUUUGCACCGUGCCAC